AUGUUCUGGCGGGCUUUGUGAAUGUUUGCGCUACAUCGGAAGGUCGACCUUCUUUUGGUCGCUGUGAUCGCGGGUGACGGUUCCUAGCCCGUGAGGCCGUAUAAUGAGCCUGGAAAAUACUGGCAUUAGUACUAAACAAAACGUUGAAGCACCACCUACCACUGUAGUGACCAAAGUUCGAAAUCUAUCUGAUUACCCUAGCUUCACGUCAAGUGGUCAUGGGAAUCGAAAGCGGUUGAGCGGCGUGCAUGGCGCGAUCUGAUCACGAAGGCAAGAGAAAGACCUCAUGCAUGCGGAGAAGUAGCGGCUAUUGCGGAAGCGAAAGGCGCCGAUGGGUUGUACUCCAUCGAGACCGAGCGCAUGGCGCUGCAGUACAUGUGGUCGCGAGUGCCUGAGUCAGGCAGGCCUAUUGAGCCAUGAUCGAGGCCACUCGGGGCAAACACCAAAACCAUGACGAGUCUUUUUGAGGGCGUAUGCAGAAUCGGCUCUGCGUUUGUAGCUGAAUGUGAUGAUCCUCCUGGCGUACCCGUAAUGAUUGCUUCCAGAUCGAUUGGCCGAACCUCCCACACCUCACGAUGUGAUUCUUCCGCAGAACCUUCCUCUGUUCAGCUGGUUGAUGAAAAUGAGAACAUAAUGUUCGACGAUUGCGAAUCGUUCGCCGACCAGCUCAUGUGUCCCAUGGACCAGCCGGUCAAAGUGGUCGCUAUUGUUGGCAACACUGGUGACGGGAAGUCGUACACCAUGAAUCAGAGUUUCUUCAACGGAAAGAAGGUGUUCGCCACCUCUCCCACACAAACCACCUGUACAAUGGGCGUAUGGGCUGCUUACUUGCCUUCCAAACGAUGCAUUUUACUGGACACCGAAGGAAUGUUGGGGACCGCUGUCAACCAAAACCAACAUCGGCGCCUGUUACUCAAGGUAUUCGCUGUGUCUGACUUGGUCAUCUAUUUGACCAAAGCUCCUCGCCUGCACACCGACAUGUUCACAUUUCUCGCCGAUGCUAGCGAUUCCUUCGCAAAGCACUUUCGACCGGAUUUGGAAGCUCUCGCCAAACGCACCGGAUUGCCUUGGUCCCCAACCCAACUGGGUCCUGCUGUCAUCGUCUUUCAGGAAACUCGUCACACUGAUCCGUUGUCUGGGUCGUCUGAGAACAACGACUUUUAUCCAGCUACGAUUCAUGUGAACUCCAAAAAUGACAAUCCGAGACAGACUUCCGAUUCAGUUACAAAUGCUUUGCAAAAGCGGUUGGCUGAUAUGAAGAGAAAUGUGGAAUCCUUUUCUUCGUUGCAUUACCUCGGGACUCAGACAAAGGAAGGAACCACUGAUUUCAAGCCCCUCAACCAGCUGACCAUGCAACUUUUGGACGACAAUUCAAUACGCACUCCGCGGAAACUGGAGCACAUCUUUUGCAGUCUGCACUUGCUGAACAGCCGAUUCGCUAGCGAUAUCCCCGCCACGGAUCAGUACACGUUUGUGGAGGAAUAUUUCACUUGCCCAGCCAGGUGUGAUAAUUGUUCCACACGCUGUUGUCUCAGCGUUGGACAUCUGCUGUCCAAGCAGGAGCACCAGGCGACUCUCUCGAGCGCAAAUUCCACCGGGCAACACCAGCACGAACGUGGAGGGUGUCAGUACAAUCCAAAUUUGAAAAAUAAGCUCUACUACUGCAAGGACUGUUACGCACUUGGUAUCAAGAAUAUUGUGGUUCCUAAAGCUGGCGAUUCGGUUCUCGAUGCCGCCAGAUACUUUUAUUCGGGUUACGUGCUCGAAUGCAAGCGCCAUGGCAUCAUUUAUCAGAGUCGAAAUUUGUGGUCCGCUAAUCCGGAACCGGAGCAAACAGCCAGGGUACUUUGGGAAGUGGUGCACGUCUGGUCCGGGGAGAAGACAGUGUUGCAGGGUAUACACCCCUUCAGUCAAAUUCUUCUAGACAGUUUCAGCACUGUCAGCAAACAGGUCAGUGGCCUCGCUGGCCCUCCAGUUCGACUGCUGGGUGAUUUGUUCACCGAUAGCUUGGCUCCGGACUACUGGCAACGCAACACUACCAUCCGAUCUUGCGCCCUAUGUAAAUUCGAGUUUCCUGAUCCCUCUGUCGACGGCAUCGACUAUAAUAACCUACAACGAAGAUCACCUCCACUUGUGGAGCCCGCAGGCGAACAUCGGUCUUCUCAACAGGACAUACCCGACACCGCCCGAAGAAAAUCCGGCAAGCUCGCGCGAGGCACUGUACUCUUACCUCGAACCUCAUCGUUAACGCCGCCAUCCACUGAAGAGAGCCAGUUGGAGAAUGCUCCUCGGCAAAAAGCUUUGUCCAUUCCAAAUGACGCCACCGUUGACCUACUCAAGCAUCACUGUCGCGCCUGCGGACGUGGAAUCUGUGGUGCUUGUUCCACGGGACGAUUACCAGUUGCUGGUUUUGGCCCAUGCCCCGUGCGCGUUUGUGAUGAGGGGUAUUGA